GACACCGGUAUAGUAACUUGUAGUCAUUCGAAAGCUUGCAAAUAAGUUUAAGUGAAGUUGGGUAGCAUCCCAGUCCUCCCCUCUACAAGCUUUUUUUUAUGAUUAAAAAAAUAAUUGAGUAAAGAAAUUAGUGGAAAAGUGUUAAAAGUGUAUGCAUUAAGAAAUUAGUCACCUAAUUUACCCGAUUUAGUGCUGAAAGAGUGGAACUAAAAUUUUACUAGUUUGAAAAAGCUGUUUUUGAAAGCCAAAAAAGCAAAGUGAACAUAAUCAACUUAAUCGUACAUUAAAAAACUCUUCAUCAUGACUCAAACUGUAAUCAAAAAUCCGAAUUGGUGGCGACGUCGGACUGGAAUGGAACGUGCCCUUACAUUGGUUAGCAUAGUGUGCAGUUUAGCUCUAAUAGUACUUAUUAUUUCACUAGUUUCUGUGAUACUCAAUGAUAAAUCAAAAGAGGGUUUUAUGAAAAGCACUGCUGAAGCUUUAAAUGGCCAUGAUUCACCAAAAGUGCACAUAAUAACAGCUGAGAGUAGUAAAAAGAAUAAGUCUCCAGGUGUAAAUAAUAACAACGAUGAUGUGUGCUUGACACCUGGAUGUGUGCAUGCUGCAUCAAAGAUGUUAGAGCAGAUUGAUGAAGAAUUUGAGCCAUGUGAUGACUUUUAUGAAUUCAGCUGUGGCCAAUACAUCUUAAACACAAUGAUUCCAGACGACAAAGUAUCCGUUAAUGCAUUCAGCGUGAUUAGUGAUAAGCUUCAGGAGCAAUUAAAAACGAUUAUCACAUCACCAAUUGAAGAAGAUGAGAUUGAACCAUUUAAGAUGGUAAAGAAACUUUAUACAGCAUGUAUGAACAAAACACUGAUUGAAGAGCGCGGGUUAAAACCACUUGUUGAUAUUCAUGAUGAAAUGGGAGGAUGGCCAGUUGUGAAAGGUGACGCAUGGGACGAAUCAAAGUGGACAUGGCAACAAUCAGUUAAAGAUUUUCGCAAGCGCGGUUACUCUACAGAUUAUAUUUUCGACUUUUCUGUCGGCACUGAUCUGAAGAACUCAUCAAGGCGUAUCAUUGAUAUUGAUCAAUCUGCAUUAGGACUCAGUCGUGAAUAUCUCGUAAAAGGAUUUGAAAACCCAAUCGUCCAAGCUUAUCAUGCAUAUCAAGUUGACAUGGCAGUAUUAUAUGGAGCUGACAAAUCACGAGCAGAAAAGGAAAUGAGAGAUGUUCUUGAUUUAGAAUUCGCUUUGGCUAAUAUUUCACUUCCGAAUGAGAAACGAAGAAAUGCAACAGCUCUCUAUAAUCCAAUUACAAUCAGAGAUUUACAAAUCAAAUAUCCAUACAAUGAUUGGCUCGAUUAUUUCAAUGCCAUUUUACCACCAGUCAGUCAAGUAACUGAAGAUGAGGUCAUUAUUAUUAGUGUAAUCAGCUUCUUUGAUGAAUUAGGACCUCUCUUAGCGAAAACACCAAAAAGAACUCUUGCAAAUUACGUCAUGUGGAGAAUCACCGGAUUUUCUUCUUACUUCCUCACAGAACAACUUAGAAAACGUCAAUUACAAUACAGCACAGCAAUCAGUGGAAAGCAAGAACAAGAACCACGUUGGAAGGAAUGCAUUGAUUUAGCAUCUGGAAGUUUAUCAACUGGAUCUGGUGCAUUGUAUGUCCGAAAAUAUUUCAAACAAGACUCAAAAGCUGCAGCCUUGAAAAUGGUUAUGUCAAUUAAAGAAGAAUUUGAGAGAAUCUUAAAGACAGUUCCAUGGAUGGACAGUACAACUCGUGUUGCAGCAUUGUCAAAAGUUAAGAGCAUGACAACACACAUUGGAUAUCCAGAUGAAUUGAUGGAUGAUAAUAAGCUUAUUGAAUUCUACAAACCAGUCAAAGUCGAUGAGAACAAAUAUCUCGAAUCAGUAUUAAGCAUCAAUAUUUUCGGAACUGAUCGUGCUUUCAAAAAGCUUCGCGAACCAGUCAACAAGACCGAUUGGAUUACACACUCUAGACCCGCUGUCGUUAAUGCUUUUUAUUCAUCCAUCGAAAAUAGCAUCCAAUUUCCAGCUGGUAUUUUGCAAGGUCAAUUCUUCUCUGCUGAACGACCUAGAUACUUGAAUUACGGAGCUAUUGGAUUCGUUAUUGGCCAUGAAAUAACACACGGUUUUGAUGAUCAGGGGCGACAAUUCGAUUUAGAUGGCAAUUUAGUCGACUGGUGGGAAGAGGAGACCAAAAAAGCCUAUUUAGAGAAGGCACGAUGCAUUAUUGAGCAGUAUGGCAACUUCACAGAACCAAAUGUUGAACUUAAAUUGAAUGGAAUUAAUACACAAGGAGAGAAUAUUGCUGAUAACGGUGGAAUUAAAGAGGCGUACUUAGCAUAUCAAAGAUACAUCGCAGAAAAUGGGAACGAACAAAAACUUCCUGGAUUAAAUUAUACAACAAAUCAAUUAUUCUGGAUUUCAGCAGCACAAACGUGGUGCUCAGUAUACAGACCAGAGGCAAUGAAGAUGAGAAUCACAACGGGUGUACAUUCGCCCGGACAAUUCAGAGUUCUUGGUCCAUUAAGUAACAUGAAAGAAUUUUCAAAAGACUUUAACUGUCCCGAAGGUUCACCGAUGAAUCCAGCCCACAAAUGCGAAGUUUGGUAAACAUGACUUCAAUGAAGCCCAUCCUGUUGUGAAUGCAUUCAAAUUUAAAGUUCUCACUUAAGAAAUUCUUUUAUAGACGUUGAAUUAAGAUUUAAAAAAAAUUAUAUUUAAAAACGUUUCAAACUUUUUGAAGACAUCUAGAAGCAAAUGUUAGGUCUGUUGAAAUCACAUUUGUACGUUUUGUACUUCCAUACCUAACCGAUCAAUGACAUAAAUCACGCUUACAUUUUAAUUAUUAAAUGAAAGAAAAUACAAAAAACUUUAUUUAUUGCUAAAUUUUAUAGCUUUAGAAGAUUUAUGAACGUUAAAUGUGCUUUUAAAUGUUUAAAGCAUUAAAGCUUUUCCACGAUUGCAUUUUAUAAAAGUGUUGAAAUAAUAAUAAAAAUAUUAUUCAUGACUGUUUCGUCAUCUCCUUCUCAUUGAUAAGUUAAUUAAUGAAUGACUAAUUUU